AUGCAUUCAAUAUGGCAAUACGGCCCACAGACAAUGAAUAUUAGUUCAUCUGAUAAUUCUUGGUGUUCGGAAGCGCAUGAACAAUUAUUAGACGAUCAUUUUAUUGACGAAUUAAUUACGAGAUUAGAUCGUCGUUUAGAUGAUUGUGAAUUAAAUUGGCAACAUGAAUUGGUAUUAGCAGCUAUUACGAUAAUAACUAUGAGAAUGUUAACCAUUUGUAAUUCAACAAAACAAGAUAAACUAGCUGAUUUGGCACUGAAAUGUCGUAGAAUCGGUAGUUCAAGUAUUGCUUAA